AAUAGAUACGGCCAAAAUUGGCCAAAAUUUUAGAAGUUUUUGCCAAAAAAUUGUGCUUGAGUUUUAUGGCCCCACCAGCUAGCCUUAAGCCUUUCACCAAUCCUGUGCUUGGAAAGAAAAUGGUUGGGACCGCCAUAAAAUAGUACUAAUUCAAAUGAACAAAUACUAGUAUGAUUUUCUGAAAUAGCACAACUACCCGCCCAAUUCUUCCGCAUUUCAAAUUUCUUCAUUCGAUGAGCUAUGGCUACUGUAACUCCACCACUGAUUCUAUGGUGUAUUAUCGUCUCGUAUUUGGUGGUUCUCUCUGUGGGCGCUGCUUCUGAGUUCUCUUUAGCUGUUGGUGGGCCUGCAGCAUUGCAGCUAUUUCCAAGCUUCAUAGUGGAAAAUUCUCCAGGUUCCAGGCCUGGAGCUAAAAUUAAAUGUGGGAGAGUUCUAAUUCAAGGUUUGCCAAGGAUCAAACAUUUAAAUAAGUUUGCAAAUUCCAUGAAGGUAAAAGUUUCACAUGCAACCUCGAGUGGCCGUCCACCAAAUAUAGAUGUCUGCUUUCAUAGGAAUGAAUCUCUUGAUAUAGGAAUGUGCACUCACGACCAGUGGGAAAGACUUUCAAAUGGGUUAUGGAUUAAACCAAUGUCUCCUUUUGAUCACAAAGUCUUAGACAUAAGGAUGGGGGCAUCUUAUUCAGAAAAUAUUGAAGUCUCUCUUGAUGAAGAGUUCUUUUUGUAUAGGAUAUUAUUCCUCGUUUCUGGAAUAGUUUUGAUGAGUUUGGCUUCCGUGCUCAGCAAGUCCUUAGUUUUCUAUUACAGUGGUGCCAUGGCUGCAGGGGCUUUACUUGUGAUAUUAAUGGUCCUUUUCCAGGGGAUGAAACUUCUUCCAACUGGUCGAAAAAGCUCCCUUGCAGUGUUUUUGUACUCCUCCUUUGUCGGCCUGGGAACCUUCCUACUUCGCUAUGUGCCAAGAUUGUUACGUUCACUAUUGGUCGAGAUUGGACUUUCAGAAGAUAUGUAUGAUCCUCUGCUAAUAUUUCUGAUUGUUUUCCUUCUAAUCACUGGAUCUUGGUUGGGUUUUUGGGUUGUGCGCAAGCUUGUCAUCACAGAGGAUGGAUCUGUUGAUGAUGGUGUAUCUCUCUUUGCUACUUGGUCGAUUCGUAUUAUUGCCUCUGUCCUGAUCCUUCAGAGCUCUAUAGAUCCUUUAUUGGCAAUAAAUGCAUUGAUUGGUGGAAUUUUUUUCUCUUUGGGAUUGAGGUCCAUCCAACCAAAGCUUGUUCGCCGUGUUUACAAAAAGUUGAGUAGACCGACCAAGAUCAAUGUCAGAGAACCUGUUUAUCCAUAUGCAUCACCAGUUGCCAAUGCUUCUGUCCCCAGGCCUUCAACAAGAGCUUCAUAUACUCCUGUCCAAGGUCAAACUAGUAAGUCACGAAUAACAGAUUCAGAGACUUUCUAUUCUACAUUCCAUGAUACUCCUGAUCGAAGAAAAUUUGCGAAGGAUGAAUGGGAAUCGUUCACUAGGGAGUCCACACGGAAAGCUAUGGAAGGGCUGGUUGCCUCACCAGAUUUCAACAGAUGGGCUGUCUCCCAUGCGGAUAGGAUAACCCUAGCUCCAAAGAGAGAGGAUGCAUAUAAGCAGAGGAGAUGGUUUCAAUGGUUUUAAAGAUUCAUUCCCAACUCUAUUUUCUGCUUCACAGCCGUAAACCUGCUGGACUAUAUUAUUAGCUGCUUUUAGUUCAGGCUUACCUUUUUACUUGGACAUUGGGUUGUUAUGUUAACGUGAGCCCGGCUUCUGACUAACCCUAGUUUUAGCUGACCAAUUGCUCUCACUGAUUUGUUACAAGUGACUAUAACAGUCGCUGGGAAUUGACUGUGUGAUCGAUGUAAAUCUAAAUAUUUUGAUGAUUAUUGCUGAGUAUUAUGCAUGUUUGAGCUGUGUA